AUGACUACGGAUUCUGCGCUUUCGUACCAUUCAACCGAGUCUCUGAUCCUCUCAAAAAAGCGACGCUUCUUUCCCUUCAAAAUCCCAAAUUUCCAUCAGCAACUUCGCAACUAUAUUAGCACCGCCGACCCCGACAGGAUUUAUGUUGUCGUCGACAGAGUGAUAUACUCAAUUCACAUAACAUCACGAAAACGAGAAUCUCUCGCCGUUAUUCCGUUCGAGCCGAAAUGUCUUGCCGCAGGUUACGGUUGGAUCGGCGUUGGAGGUUCGGACAACGGUGAAUGUGCUUUUGUUAAGAUCUCCGACCAGGGAGUACACGUUCUCAAAGUCCUCGACCACCCAGCAUGCAUGAAUUAUGCAAUUGUUUCCCCGGAUUCUACUAUUUUGGCCGCAGUUGGUGACGAAACCCGCGCAUAUUUCUAUGAUAUUACCCGAGACUUUGAUACAACCGUUUUGGCAGAAAGCGGUGAAAAGCUUACUGGCUGGAAUUGGGAUCCUCUUCGCUCCGUUGAAAUGGACAUCGGCACGAAAGCCGAUGAUCGUUGUUGUUUUACUAUUGCCUUCUCUCAAUUUAGUCGACUGUGCGCUAUUGGGUCUCAAUCCGGGGUUAUCACCGUGUUUGAUGUCAAAACCCUCCGAGACGCUGCCCAUGAGCCAAAUGAGACAAACUCGAUAAUCUGCCAUUUUAAUUCUUCAAGGCUUUGUUGUAACGGUGGUGCUGUGCGCUGUAUGGCUUUUGCGCCCGAGCCUUGGGACCUUCUGGUGUGGCUUGAAGACAAGGGCCGGGCUGGAAUUGCAGAUGUUCGCCAGGGUUUUCUGCGCAGGCAAAUCCUUCAUUUGGACAAAGAUGACCCCGAGAUAGAGAAAGUCCGUACUGACCCUAUGUUGGACGAUUCAGUGGGCUUAGAACUCGAGGUUGAUGGUCGGCUCAGCCCCGAAUCCCGCGCAGACUCAGGGCAACGGGCCGUCCUAGGAUCAACUGACACGCCACCGAAUGAACCGGGUGGAGAGGUAUCGGACAAUCCGCCGUUGCGCGAUACACUAUUACAAGACCUCACAGAGAGGGAGAGGUUAAUCGUAGAGUUUCUGAACACGGCCCGUUGGACGUCAAGACUGGAAGAGGGCCUAACGGAAAGGCGAGCCAGAACUAAUCCUCAACAGCAUCCUGCACCACGCUUGCGAUUCCAAGGUCCUACGGAUGUGUCCAAUAGAACCUCUCGUCCCACUUCGCCCCUUCGCCAUGGAGAUUCGCUUCAUGACCUACCGCGAGAGGGUUCUUCUGCACAAUCAGGCGCCAUUGAUCGCAGGCACAAUGCAAGACGUCAAGCUUCUGUUAUCUUGUCUCAGAGCAAUUCCGAAACACGCAAUCGAACGCCAGAAGCAGGAGUCCCAAACGUAGAACCACAGCCAAGCAUUACACUUAGUUGGACUGCUUCGCCCUCCGAGAUACAAUCUAUCAUUCCCGAAAAUCGUCAACGUGCUACCGAUUCAUCUACGAGUGACCAAAGUAGUUCAAGUGGCAAUGAAGCGGGCGUAGGAUAUCAGAAUUAUGGGACUCUAGGGCGUCCAUCUGCUAAUUUUGAUUAUUCUACUGCCGCCGUAGACUCAAUACCGCGGCCUCGGAAUCAUCAGCGAUCUCGCUCCGGUCACCGACACGCUGAAAGACAAGAAAACGCGGCUGGUAGCCGACAUGAUCCUCCGCGCGUCUCGAGCACGGAAUUGAGAAACAACGUGGCGGCAGAGCGCCUUCGAAGACAGCGACAAGUGGAUAAUGAAACACGUAGCCGAAACAACCCGCGAUAUCGACAGCAGAUAUUGGGCAUCGAAAACACCCGCUCUCCCCGUUGGAUCAGGAACAUUUUAAACGAACUUCCAGACCGAAGUUUGGGGGGUGGACACAGAGACCAAGAACCAGGGAGUACUGCUGGAAUUGGAUGGGGUGCAGAUGGCAGAACAUUGUACGUCGCGACUGUCGACGGUAUAUUUGAAUACCAGAUCAAUAUUGGGGACCGGAAAACAUUCCCCGUUGUCAAUUACCGCUAA